AUGUCCUCCGACGAGGAGGGUGUCCGACGCCCCGGCGGUGAUGGCAACGAAAGUCCUACACACAGCAAUGCUAAUGAUUCUGUUGCCGAUCAAAUGGACGAAGGCGAUGAUCUCUUCGGCUCGGACGGAGAGGGUGGACUCGAAGACACUGAGCCCAACCGUGCCUUGGAUGAUGAACAGCUUGACUCGGGAGAUGAUGAAAACCGUUACGACCGACGUGCAGACCGAAUGGAUGACGUGUUCGAGGAGGAGCAGGAAGUGAAUGUUGUUGAUCAUGAUCUUGCGCGAGCGCCAGUGCCACUGACCAACGACGGAGAGGUCUACACAAUGCGUGUCCCCGAUUUCCUCUCAAUCGAAGGAGAAGAAUUCAAUCCCGCAACUUAUGUUCCGCCGCCUUACCAGACCGCCGCUACCUCGCUUUGCUGGCGCAAGGACCCUGCGGACGAGUCUCUUUUGCAAUCAAAUGCCCGCAUGAUCAAAUGGGAGGAUGGAUCAAUCACCCUCCAGCUCGCCUCCGCACCCUGCGAACAAUACCGCAUCGCAUCCAAACCUCUCGCACCUCUCACCAAAUCUGGCGAAUAUGACCACAAGCUGGAUUCUCACGUUUACCUUGCAGCUGGAUUGGAAACUGCUCAAGUCUUUAGACUGACCUCACAUCUUACCCAAGGCCUGACUGUUCUCCCAACUACAUUGGAGACGGAUGACGCCGUUCAGCGACUGCAAGAGCAACUGGCUGCUGCUGCUCGUGGUAGCAAGCAGACCGCAGCUGGAACUGCGCCACGCUAUGAGCUCACAGAGGAUCCCGAGUUGGCUGGCAGGCGUGCUGAAAUGAUGGAGAAGGAAGCCAUCAAGGCGGAACGUCGCCGCCAGCAGCUUGCCGAUCGCGAGGCAGAUCGUGGUCGCCGUCAUGGCGCUAGUCGUACUGGCCCCGCUGGUCUUAGUGUUGGCGGUCUUGAAGAUGGCGGCUUGCACACGACUCGUCCGCGCGCCAAGCCUCGUCGUCAAAACCGUCGCGGUGAGAUUUACACCGAUGACGAAGAGGAUUAUCCUCGUGGUGCCCGCAACAGAGAAGAUGAAUACGACGAGGACGAUGGGUUCUUGGUUGGAAGUGACGAAGACCUCGAGGAAGAAGCCGAAGAUGAAGAAGAGGAGCUGGAGGAUGAAGACAUGGACGCUGAAGGUGAAGAUGACGAGGAGGCUGCACCUGCAAAGGCCCGCAGCAAGCCAGAACCUCAAGCCCGGGCUGGUACACCUCCUGCCCGAAAGAAGAACCGCUAUGUGGUCGAUGAUGAGGAUGACGAGUGA